AUGCAGUGUGUAAGUCCAUCACAAACGGCGUCGAUCCGUGGCGCUGCAUACCAUCCUGAUGUUGUUGUAGCUUUCGAAGCCGCGGCAGCAUUCGUUGCAGUAGUAAUGGUCCUCGUGUUCGUGCUGGACACACCGUUCCUCGGUUCGCCAGGUCAGGGAGCAACAGGAGCACGUGUACGGACGCUGCCAGUGGUCCGUGGCGUCCAUGUGUUGAUCGCAGGCCCUCCGGCUGCGAAACCAUCUCGAGCACGUCUCGCACUCAAAGUCGGGCGGAGCGUGGCCGGUAGCGCGGCAAUGGUUGUCCCUCGCCCGCCAUCCCGCUGGGAAGGCCCUGCCGCAUGUGCCACAUUCGAAGUUGUCGUAUCGCGGCGGCAUGACUGGCGGAUGGAACGGAUGUGGUCGCAGCGGCGAGUGCUAUGA